UUUCUAAGACAUAAUUUGAGUGUUUUUGAGAUAUGGAUAAUGAAGAUGUGAAGUUACAUGGGUUUUGGGAUAGUCCCUUUAGCAGCAGGGUGAUAUGGGCUCUGAAACUAAAGGGCAUACCCUACGAAUACAUUGAAGAAAAUCUUCAAACCAAGAGUGAGUUGCUUUUGAAGUACAACCCAGUUCACAAGAAGGUACCAGUGCUUGUUCAUGGUGGCAAAAUCAUCUGUGAGUCGAUGAUCAUCGUCCAAUACAUCGACGACAUGUGGCCACAUAUCCACCCUUUGCUUCCUAAGGACCCUUAUCGAAGAGCCCAAGCUCGUUUUUGGCUCACUUAUUGUGAAGACAAGGUCGAUUUGAUUUGGAAAGUGUUCACAACAAUCGGUGAAGAACAAGAGAAAUAUAAGGAGUGGUCAGAGAUGAUGAGAACUAUAGAAAAUGAGGCUUUGGUGAUGAUGAAUGUGGAGGCUAAUAAGAAGUAUUUCUUGGGAGAAGAAGAGAUUGGAAUAGUGGACAUUAGCUUUGGAUUUAUGGCUGAUUGGCUUGAAGUGACUGAAGAAGUGCUUGGAGAGAGGUUGCUUGAGGCUCAAGCAUUCCCUAGGUUGCACUCAUGGAUUCAAAAUUUCAAACAACAUCCUUGCAUCAGCCAAAAUUUUCCUCCUCGUCACGAAAUGUUUCUCCAUUUUAAGGCUAUAAGGGAAAAGGUCCUCCUAGGUGCUACUUAUUAAGAUGUAUUCUAAAUUGCAAAAUCACACUUAUAAAUAUGUUGAUGAACUUAAAUUAUGCCUUUUGUUGUAUUUUAUGAUCUUUCGAUGCAAGUUUUAUCGGUCGCGUCAAUUGAGUCAUUAGGCAAAAAAGACGCAACUCAAUAUUGAUAUAUGAAACUAUAUGGUAUCCAAUAUCGAGAUUUAUGUAUUUUAUUUUAAAUUUGAAUAAGUGAGAUCUGAUUUUAAAUUACUUCGAU